AUGGAGACUACUAGGCUCUCAGCCAUCUGCUGCGUUCUGUGGUUUUUGGCAAAUUUGUCAUAUCAAGAAGCACUUUCAGACACACAAGUUGCUAUAGUUAAUAUUUUAUCUUCAACUUCCGGACUUUUUACCUUAAUCCUUGCUGCAGUAUUUCCAAGUAACAGUGGAGAUAGAUUUACCCUUUCUAAACUAUUAGCUGUAAUUUUAAGCAUUGGAGGUGUUGUACUGGUAAACCUGUCAGGGUCUGAAAAAUCUGCUGGAAGAGAUACAAUAGGUUCCAUUUGGUCUCUUGCUGGAGCCAUGCUCUAUGCUGUCUAUAUUGUUAUGAUUAAGAGAAAAGUAGAUAGAGAAGACAAGUUGGAUAUUCCAAUGUUCUUUGGUCUUGUAGGUUUGUUUAAUCUGCUGCUCUUAUGGCCAGGUUUCUUUUUACUUCAUUAUACUGGAUUUGAGGACUUCGAGUUUCCCAAUAAAGUAGUAUUAAUGUGCAUUAUCAUUAAUGGCCUUAUUGGAACAGUACUCUCAGGGUUCCUGUGGUUGUGGGGCUGCUUUCUUACCUCAUCAUUGAUAGGCACACUUGCACUAAGCCUUACAAUACCUCUGUCCAUAAUAGCUGACAUGUGUAUGCAAAAGGUGCAGUUUUCUUGGUUAUUUUUUGCAGGAGCUAUCCCUGUAUUUUUUUCAUUUUUUAUUGUAACUCUCCUAUGCCAUUAUAAUAAUUGGGAUCCUGUGAUGUUGGGAAUCAGAAGAAUAUUUGCUUUUAUAUGCAGAAAACAUCGAAUUCAGAGAGUUCCAGAAGACAGCGAACAGUGUGAGAGUCUCAUCUCUAUGCACAGUGUUUCUCAGGAGGAUGGAGCUAUUUAGCUGUUUGUUGUCUGUAGCCCAGGUUUGUAUGUGAGCUGGGUUUAGUAUUGAAUAAGGUUCUUAUCUGUGUCAUAUUCAAAGGGUUGAUUUUCUAUAAUUAGUUGUUUGAGAGGCAAUACAGCCUUAGAGGCUAAAGGGGCUAAAGCCUGGACUCCAGUUCCGUCUUCUCCACAUACUAGCUGUGUGGCCCUAUGCAAGGUUCUUAAUCUCUUGAUGCUCCGGCUCUCUUAUUUGUGAAAUGGGAUUACAGUAGAACCUCCCUUAUGAGGGUGUUAAAAUAGUAAAUACUUGGUAAAUAUAAAGUAUGUAUAAUAGUGCCUGACUCAAAUGAUCAGAAAGUUUUAACUCAUUUUUAUUCAUGCUAAGGGUCAUUUUAUUUAAUAAUAUGCUUUAGAAAAAUAUUUUUUCUCUGAUGAUAAAAGAAAAAUGUAAUAUCCUGGGGUACAAUAUACUGGUUGGAAAAUACUAGUCUUUAUGUGUGUGUUUUACAUAACUGGCACAGUGUUUAUCCUCAUUCUCUGACAUUGCUUUGUCAUUUAACAAUGCUUCUGGAAUAUUUUUCCAUUUUUUACAUUUUAAGAAAUAGUGUCUUUUAUAUGUCUUCGAUGAUAGAGUACAUGACAUUUAAUAUUUUGCUGAAUGAAAGCUUGAAUUAAAUGUAACAUACAGAUUUUGCAGGUACAAAAGUGAUUAUUUAGAAUGAAAGAUCACAAUAAACUACUAGAAUUUUUCUAGUUUUUCUAAGACAUUUGCAGGUACAAAAGUGAUUAUUUAGAAUGAAAGAUCACAAUAAACUACUAGAAUUUUUCUAGUUUUUCUAAGACAUCUUUAGGCAAUUUAUAUUGAAAUGUUUCUUGAUUGCUACUGAGUUUUUCCUCCCUAUCUAGAACAUUGUACAACUCCUGUCAGUUGUUAACACUUAUAUUAGGCUUGAAGAUUAAGUUUCGUUAUCCUCAUGGUAAACUUGCUUCUAACCUACAGCUAAUGGUCCUGGUUUUCUGUUUUUCUUUAGUGUGCUGUUUUUAAAUCUAGUUUAUACCUGCACAUGGUUUGAGCUCUAGUUCUCCAAGACUUUUUGUACAAGGCAGUUACCCCUGCCCUUCCCUGCCCUGCUCAUCCUGCUUUCAUUUUCUUCCCACUCUGAGGAAAUUAAACUCUUAUCUGAUUCUUUUGGUAUUUUCCUUCUUGUCUCCCUAAGUAUCACGCUUAUGACUUGUGUUUCAUGAGUUCUCGGUUUUAGGCAUCUUCAGCUGACUUUCCCACUAAGAUCAAUGAGGACAGAUUAUUUUCAAGUUUACUCCUCCUCUGCUCCCACCUCAUAUGCCUCCUGUCUCCAUAUCAGUUCGGCCUCCUCAUCAUCUCUGUAUAGUUAUUGCAUAAUUUUGGAUAGAUCUGUAGUCAGUGUUUAUAUUGUUGUCACUAAAAAAUUGUUACUUAUAACUGAGCUAUGUAGGAUUCGUCCUGGUAUUUCCCUUAUCCAGAGAUUCUCUGUUACUACCCUUUUUGGAGAGUAAACCUUAAAGUCUUCUCCUGGGAUAGAGAAAAGGCACUUGGCCAACUGUGAAAAGUAAGAGAGGGCAUCUGAGUGUCUGUCUGCUUUUUCUAUAGACAUUAUACCAGUCUUCUUGUUUUUAGUUGUUUCUUCACCCCUCCUUACAGAGAUAUCUGGUCCUGUUUUUCCAUUGCUAACCAAGAGUUGGCUGUUAUUUUCUCAUCUCUCUACUUUUCUUUUUGUCCAUGUGGUUUAUUCCUUUUAAGAAAAAAAUUCCAGGCUGGGCAUAGUAACUCAUGCCUGUAAUCCUAGCAUUUUGGGAGGCCAAGGAGGGAGGAUCACUUGAGCUCAGGAGUUUGAGACUAGCCUGGGCAACAUAGUGAGACCUUAUUUCUGUUAAAAAAUAUAUUUUUUUAACCCUUUGUUUCCUUUUUAGUGAGGUUUUGGAGAACAAGUGGAACUAAAUAUAUGUUUAUGUGCCAUCUUUAAAUUUAAAAAAAUGUAAACACAAUUACAGUAAGUCCUCACUUAACAUCAUCAGUAGGUUCUUAUAAACUGUGACUUUACGCAAAAUUACAGCAAAACUUUUUUUUUUGCAUCAACAUUAUAACAUAACAACACUGAAUGAAAAAAUGUUAUUCGGGGACCUAAAGUCAGUUUCCUAGAACCUAUGACAUUAAAUGAGGACUUUUUAUUCUUGAAAGCUUUUUAAUGCUGUAAUUUAUGCAUUAUUUUUCUUGGGUAUGCUGUGCAUUGUUCUCAUACUCACACUUAAACCUACCCAUAUCCAGCAAGGUUUCAGUAUUUUUAGAAGUGAGAUCUGUGUAAAGAAGAGAGUGAAGACUAGAGAGGAUGGAUUGCAAUAGAGUAGAAUAGACUGGGUAGGUGUCUUUGUCUUUGCAGGAGUAAUGGUGGAAUAUACCAGGAGUACAACUAACUGCUAAUACACAGUCUUUAGUGUUGAUGUCAGCUUUUGACAUUGCUAUAGAAGUCACAUUCAUAGGUUCUUAGUACUCCAAAUUUGAGUAUCCAGUUAUUAAGUAUGUAUACAGUGAAAAUAGAUAUUUCAAUCUUAAGAUAAUUUGCUUUUUAAAAUGUAAACUAUAGAAAACUAAAACUGUGAAAUUAUAAUCUAAUCACAUUUCUGUGGUUUCUGUUUUUAGCUUGGUAAUGGAACUAUACAGCUAAGAGACAAUCUCUGGCAAGUUUUUGUAGAAAAAAUGUUUCAGUGCCUAGUCUGAAAAAUAACAGUUUCAGUUCUUUGAAACUCUAAAAUAUAUUUUUCUCAUACCUGUUUUCUUCAUUUUCAUAAUGAAGCACUUUGCUAUGUAGCUGUGUACAUAUCACUACAGUUAUAGGAAGUUUUAGUCUACAGUCCAUCCAAAGGACCAACCUGCCUUACACAUCUCAAGGAAUUCAGCUGUUGAAAUCAUUUGAACUAAUCAAGGAAUAAAUCCUAAUGUUCUGGGACUUUAUUUUCACAUGUUAAAUGCUGGAAUAUAUUAUGAAAAUGUUUUCAAGAAAUCACUUAAGUGUUCAUAUUUCUUAAGUAUUUCUUAAGUAUUUCUUAAGUAUUUCUUAAGUAUUUCUUAAGUAUUUCUGACAGGUAAAAUGCUAAAAUAAGCUACCUGUAAUAAGUGUGGAUUAUAUUUUUGGGUUUUGUAGAAUAUUGCAAAUUAACUACACAAAAAAUGUUUAAUUUAUACAACAAGCAUGUUUGUGCAAAUUUCAUGGGACUUUAAAAAGAAUAAGUAUUUGAGAAAAUAUCUGGUUCACUUACGCUACAUUUACUGUAUUAUUCUUUUAUAGCAUUAGGUGCCUUGUAUUUUAAAUCUGUGAAAAACCGUGGCAAAUUUUUAAAGGAGAAGUAUUAUUAUAAAAUGAAGAAAUAUGUAUUUCUAAAGGCUAUAUUGCUGUAAACUUAAUUGAUAAAGCUCUGUUUAAUUUAGAGUUUUGAAGAAAUAGUCUCCCUUCAAUUAAGAAAUUUUCAUAAUGGAAUGAUUUAAAUUGAAGUGACAAAGAGUAUUAUUAAAAUACAAUGUUUAUACGUGUAUUUGUGUAUUGUAGAUGUAUCAAGUGAUUUCUAAUUUUUUUCACAUAUGAAUGUGCCAGAUUACUGUAGAACUAGAUGUCUCUUCUUUAAAUAAUUUUAGUUUUCCUGAAUAAAUUUGUAAUGGUUAAAGUACCAAGUAAGUAAGGUGAGAAGGGAUUCUGUUUUUAAAAUCACAUCAGAACUUUUCCUCUACUAAGAUUAUAAAUUAAAUGUAAAAUACUCCUAAUUGCAAUUCUUAAACUUAGGCCUUACAUGUACUUAUUAUGCAACUGCUCCUGGACUCUAUUCACCAUAGAUAUCAGUAAACGUAUGUCCCAGGAUUCACAGGCUUUUGAUUAAUCAAUAUUCUUUUCAAGUUUUCUGUGUGAAGAGUUUAGUUCUCUUCAAAAUUUCUUAACUAAUCUGAUUUUUAAGAAUUCUCUUUGCAGUGUUUAGCUUCCUAUUCACAUUCUUAAAAUUGCUUUGGUGUUACCAUGAGUCUAAAAUGAAGUUUAGCCUUCCUUUUGUUUCAUUCUGAGAACUUCUAUAUUAUAUUACCUUUAAAAAUUGUUUAUGAUAUUAAAUUUAAAAUACAAACA